UUAACGUUAACCUGCGUACAGUGACUGGAAAUAUACAUUUUAAAUCUAUACAAAAUGGCUUCUUUCAUAAUAGUGAAAUAGGAAUAAUGUAUUUAUAAGAUUAACUGAUGUAAAGUUUCUUUAGAGAAGGAAAAAUCUAUAACUUUUUACGCAAUAUAUAUAAAUAUAUAUAUUGUGACGUCAUGGGCGAAGGAGUGCACCUUCCAGAAGAAUAUCAUGACUUACCAAUAAGAAUACUUAGCUCUUCAACCAGACGUUUGAUGUCAAUCCAUCUAGAUCCACCAGCAGUUAUACCGUCUUCGAAUGGUGUUCUAGGUGACAUGUCUGGUUUGGCAGAAUUAGCUGGAUUUGAGUUUUGUCAUAUUCGAUACUUCGAAACUAAGUAUAGCAGAACGUUUGCUUGUUUAGAGGAAUGGGGAUUGCGGCAUUCGGGAACCCUCGGGAAUCUACUCAAGAAUUUGGUUAUAAUGGAACGAUUUGACUGUCUUUCUGAAAUAAAAGACUCCGUAUUGAGAGAUAUAAAAAGUCACAUCAAAAGGACAACACAAAAUAGUGAGACGGUGUUUAAUAUCGGUACUAUUGAUAAUGAAAACAAUCUUGAUUCAAUUACUGGAUGUAAAACUGUAACAUCGUUAAACACAGAUCUCAAAAUAGUUGGUGAAAACAACUUGUCAGAUAAUGGUUUGCCAUUGCUAAACACAGAUAGAAAGAUCAUUGGUGAAAACAACUUCUCCGAUAACUGUUUACCAUCGUUAAACACAGAUACAAAUGUUUUUGGGGAAAACAACUUGUCCGAUAACUGUUCGAUACAAGAAGAUGAAGGUUAUAGAACGUGCUCGUUGAACGAUGAAGAACUUCAAUCCUUAAUAAAUGGGAACGAAAACGAGGCAGUGAACCUUCAACCAAAUGUUGAGAGGACAAUAAGUAGAGUUAGUAGCGAGAAUACAAUAAGUGGAGUUAGUAGCGAGAAUACACUAAGUAGAGUUAGUAGUGAGAAUACAAUAAGUAGAGUUAGUACCGAGAACACAUCACACAUUACAGAUCACAACAGAAAUGAAACAUCUAAACUUGCAAAAAUUACCAAUACAGAAGAUAUAGAGAUAAAUGUUCGAUGUGCAGUUGAAAAUAACAAUCUCAAAAAGUUAGAUAAGGUUGAAGACACAACGAGAAGCAUAUGCGCAGAUGAUGGGAUUCGUUAUCUUCUACCACGUCCAGUCAGUCCAGUUUAUGAAGAUGAUGGAUUUCUAACUACGGACGAUAGGGAAGGCUUUCUUAAGAAAUAUUCUGCUUGCAUUUGUUGUGCUGAUGAAAAUAUAAAUCUCGCUAAUGAUAUCAUCAUGAAGUAUAAAGACCAAAAGGCUGAUUUCUUCUUGCCUCAGGAAGCAUUGCUAGGUGGAAAAUACGAAUUUGAAACCUUAGCGGAAGUGAUAGAAACAAGGUGUGACAGCAGACUUAUAGUUAUUCUGUCUAAACAUUACCUUACCAGUCCUGCUUGUGUAUUUGCAACACAGUUCGUCAAGACGCUCGACCCAGAUGCUAAACGCAGAAAGAUUAUUCCUGUACUCCUAGAUGAAGAUGUAUCUUAUCCCCGUGUCUUACGUGGAAUCAGCUCAAUUAAAGCCCGGCGGCUAAAGUUUGGACAUGCAUUUUGGAAUUUACUGAGUUCGUCGUUACGUCUUAAAAAAGUUAAUAAUGAUGAAGAAAAUGUAAACAAUGACAACAAACACAACAUGAACAGUUUUAACAAAACCGAUCAAUUGUGUGCACACAAACAGAGUGAUACAGACCAACCGAUGGAAAAGUCAGAACGGAAUAAUUCUGUCCAGAAACAAAUAGAUCAUUCAAAUUCUACGGAAAAAAUGUCGUGUGUUCUUACUUAUGAUUUUCCGUCUGAGAAAUCUGUAGCGAGUGCUGCUUGCUGCGAUCUUCCAAGUGGUGCCUCAGGAAUAUGUCCAAGAGAACAAUAUGCGAGUCUUGCGACUGGAAAGAAAGACAAGAAAAAUCCGGGACUUAAAACUCUUCGACGGAUUAUGAAAAGUUUAAACAUCAUUGACCGGAAGCCAAAGUUACAAUACACAAAACGGUCUCAUUCAACAGGAGAGGCUAUACCCCCACCAUUACACGAACAUGUAGAGCCGAGAUCACAUUCUACUAUUGUUCCGCCUACCACAUAUAGCUCUGAUGAACUGGGUCAUACAUGUUCAUCACCUGUUUUUAACAUCUGUCAUACAGAAUCAGAGCUAACACUUUCAAGUGAUAGCGAUACGUUAUCGGGGCCAAAUAGCACUAACAACUUGUCAACCUGUGAGUACAGUGAAACUAAAAAUAACUUUUCUAAUGAUUUGCAAACAUUGAAUAAGAAGAGUAGUACUAAUUCGUCAAGUCAAUCUAGUGGUCAAAAUAUUCUAAGCCCCAACAUAGAACUGCUAUCACCUAAGGAUUUAUCAACAGAACCGAACAAUCUCGAUUCUACAGCAAGACAAAUAUCAAGUGAUGAUAAUGUGAUACCAGAUACCGGAUCUACGUCAUAUGAUACCACGAGCAUCUUGUCCGGAAUCACAAGUUCAGAUAACAAUAGUAUUGUUUCGAAUUCUAGAAAGGCAUCGUUAGACAAUUGCAGCUAUGCAUCGUCUUUUCGACAAAUGAAAUUUGGGAACGACAGUCGGCAGACCUCUUUCGAAAGUAAUAGGUCAACUUCGUUUGACGGGAAUAGUAUGACGUCAAUCGAAGACAACAUGGCUGCUGAUAAACAAACCGGAUUUUUAUCAUGUGAACAAAUGGUCAAUAGUGACAAGGGAACUAGAAGGAGAUCCGGAGUCGUGUUUGAAAUUAUGCUGUAAAUAGUUAUGUGUUGCUAAAAAGUAUGUGUGUUAUUCGUUUCGAAUUAAACAGAACGUGGAAAGAUAUAAAUAUAGCUAUGUAUGAUAAAA